AGGCUGCUGUGCCAAGCAAGGCUUGGUGCGCAGGCCUGGGGGCAGUCCGUCCAGAGGGCCUGGCCAUGUCGUUUCAGAGCAUCAUCCAUCUGUCCCUGGACAGCCCUGUCCAUUCCACUUGCAUGCUGGGCAUGGAAAUCUGCUUAGAUCUCAGUGGGUGUGCCCCACAGAAGUGCGAGUCCUUCACCAUCGCCAGCUCUCCGGGGGUCCUGGUUGAUAUCUACAACGUUGCGUCCGGGAAGGCCACGCAGGAGGCUGCCCUGACCCAGUGGCCCCUGUCACGUCCCAUGGACGUGCUGGUGAAGAUGACAUCCCCGAGCUCCGCUGUCAACGGGGACAAGGUUUUGGUCUCCUACUUCCUGCCCCAUGAGGAUGUCCCUGUGGCCACAGCUAUACUCUAUCUCACUGGCAUAGAAGUCUCUCUGGACGUGGAUAUCUACCGCAAUGGGGACGUCGAGAUGGCAAAUGACAAACAGGCUAAGAAAAACUGGGUCUGGGGCCCCGAUGGCUGGGGCGCCAUCCUGCUUGUGAACUGCGCGGUGACCAACCGGGGCCAGAUUAAGGAUGGGAAGAUCACGAAGGUGUUCUCUGCGGAGGAUAUAAGGAAUCUGUCCCCGAUGGUGCUGAGAGUUCAGGGGCCCAGCUGCAUUUUAAAGAAACACCGGCUGCUGCUCCACACCUCCAAGGAAGAGUCGGACAAGGCGAGAGUCUACCGGCCACAAAAGGACAGUUCCAGCACAUUCGAGUUGGUGCUGGGCCCAGGGCAGCACGCCUAUGCCUUGGGUCCCCUCGAAAGCGACUUGAAGGAGACCUUCUAUGUGGAAGCCCUGCAGUUCCCAUCCGGCAGCUUCCCAGGCCUGAUUUCCUACUCGGUCUCCCUGGUGGAAGAGUCUAAAGAUGGGGUAGGACCUCAGGUGAUUCCAGAGAUCCUGGUGUACAAGGACACGGUGGUGUUCCGGGUGGCCCCCUGCAUCUUUACCCCCAGCACGCAGAUGCCCCUGGAGGUGUACGUGUGCAGAGAGCUGCAGGUCCAGGGCUUUGUGAAUGCGGUGACGGAGCUGAGCGAGAGGAGUAACAGCCAGGUGGCAUCCGUCUAUGAAGACCCCAACCGCUUGGGCAGGUGGCUCCAGGAUGAGAUGGCUUUCUGCUACACCCAGGCUCCCCAUAAGACCACUGCCUUGGUCCUGGACACCCCUCGGGUCGCCAAGCUCGACGACUUCCCCAUGAGAUACUCUCUGAGCCCUGGGAUCGGCUACGUGACCCAGAACACCCUGGACCACACCGUGGCCAGUAUAGACUCCAUCGGGAACCUGAUGGUGUCCCCGCCCGUCAAGGUCAAGGGGAAAGAGUACCCUCUAGGCAGGAUCCUCAUUGGCAGCAGCUUUUACCCCAGCAAGGAUGGCCGGGACAUGAGUAAGGCCCUCCGGGACUUCCUCUAUGCCCAGCAAGUCCAGGCCCCGGUGGAACUCUUCUCCGACUGGCUGAUGAUCGGCCACAUCUAUGAGUUCAUGUGCUUCAUCCCCACACAGUUCAAAGUGGAGGGCAAAAAGGACUUCCGGCUGCUCCUGGCCAGCCCCAGCACCUGCUAUAAGCUGUUCACGGAGAAACAGAAGCAGGGCUAUGGAGAUGCAGCUCUGUUUGGAGAGAUUAGGAAAGAACAGCUCCUUUCUAAUGGGAGGGAGGCCCUUACCAUCAAUCAACUUCUGGCCGAUGAAAACAUGAAGAAACAGAACGACUAUGUGGAGAGGUGCAUCGACCUGAACCGGGCCAUCCUGAAGCGAGAGCUGGGCCUGGUGGAGAAGGACAUCAUUGACAUUCCGCAGCUCUUCUGCCUGGAGGAGAUUGUCAACGUCCCCUCCAGCGAGCUGACCGGGAAGCUCUACGCAAGGCCCUACUUCCCUGACCUGCUGCAGAUAAUCGUGAUGGGCCAGAACCUGGGCAUCCCCAAGCCCUUCGGGCCCCAGAUCAACGGCGUCUGCUGCCUGGAAGAAAAGAUCUACGAGUUGCUGGAGCCCCUGGGCUUCCAGUGCACCUUCAUUAACGACUUUGACUGCUACCUGACGGAAAUCGGAGACUUCUGCUCCUGUGCCAACAUCCGCCGGGUACCCUUUGCCUUCAAAUGGUGGAAGAUGGUGCCCUAGACCCAUCUCAGCGCUGCCAGCCCUGCCCCAGCAUGAAUGGCCCACUGUCAGCCCUCAGUGUCUGACCCUUCCCCUGCUCGGGACCCCGGAGUCAGGACCCCGUUCACCUGUCACGCAGCAUGCAGCGGGUUGGCAAAGCUGGCAGCUUGAGCCUCUUGGAAAAAGACGGAAAUGUCUCCAGCUGAAAAGUCACUAAUUGUUCAUUAAAGCUCUAGCCAUUCUGACUGCA